AUGUUUCAUGCAAAUAUGGACUGCAUAGAUUUGAUCCAAAGUCUUGAAAAACAGCCCCAGCCCCCACCCCAGGGCGAUCUCCCUGCUCCGCCUCACCACCACCAUCCUGGCCGAGAAGUUUUCCCUGUUUCUUCAGGAGACUUUCUCCUCCUCCAUCCGUCCACCGCUUCGCUUCUUUUCACUCUUCAUUUGAGCAACAAAGCACAUCCGGCCAUGUUCUUUGCGCCUCUCCUGUUUGCCUCUUUGAUGUCGCUCGCCGGUGUGUGCUCCGGAGGCUCGGACGCGCCCCGGGGUGUCGCGGUCGGCUUCGUCUUUGACCUGAAAGCGAAGUGCGAGCCGCCGUGCGAACACGCCGGAGUCUGCAUCCGCAACAACACAUGCUUCUGCUCCCGGGGCUACGAAGGAGAGACCUGCCAGUAUGCCAACUGUGAUCCCAAAUGUAAAAAUGGAGGAGUGUGUCUUCGCCCUGGAAAAUGCAGAUGUCCUCCUGGAUUUGGAGGAAGAUAUUGUCACAAAGUGACGUGCGAUGGGGGAUGUUGGAAUGGAGGAGAAUGCACCGCUGUCAACGGCGUGGCCAAGUGUAUCUGCCCUUCAAGCUGGGCCGGAUCAAAAUGCCAGGAGGCAAUUUGUCCCCAGGGCUGCAGGAAUGGAGGGCUGUGUGUGGCUCCAGGAAUCUGCAGCUGCACGGAGGGAUGGUUGGGUGGUGCCUGCCAUAUGGCUGUAUGCAGUCAGCCCUGCUUGCACGGAGGGAAGUGCGUUUCUCCCAACAAAUGUCGCUGUCGACCUCCUUUCUCUGGACCUCGCUGCGAGGAGAGGAAAAAGUCCCACUAGUGCACCCAAGGAUCAAACAAUGUUGUGGGGGUGAUUAUGUUUUUAUACUGGGACGUAGUUAGUUUUACAGCAACUGUGUGGAAAAGAGGGAUGUAGCCACUAUGAUGUCACCCUUAAAGUUAGUGAAGACCCAUCUUGGGAGUUUUAGAAACAGGCUGGAAACACCAUAAAACAUACCCUCUUUCUCACCUAUUUUACU